AUGGCCCCGAAGCGCAUCUUCCUCACGGGCGGGAGCGGCUACGUCGGCGCCGUGGUCGCCGAGCAGGCCCUCGCCGCCGGGCACUCGGUGCGCGCGCUCUCACGGUCGGAGCGCAGCGACGCCAAGCUGCAGGCCCUGGGCGCCGUGCCCGUCCGCGGCGACCUGACGACGCUCGACGUGCUGCGCGCCGAGAGCGCCGCCGCCGACGCCGUCAUCCACCUGGCGACGGCGUACGUGCUCGGCGGGCCGGGCACCUACGACGACGUGCUGCCCGUGGACGUGGCCGCGCUCGACGCCCUGGCCGAGGGGCUCGCCGGCACGGACAGGCCGCUCGUCACGACGGCGGGCACGCUGCUCGCGGCGGCGGACCCGGCGGGCGGGGAGACGGACGAGGCGUCGCCCGAGGACGCGAGCCCGCUGAAUACGCGCGGCAAGCAUGAGAAGCACGCGCUGGCGCUGGCGACGGAGGGGGUCAAGAGCAGCGGCAGCGGUGGGGGAAACGGCAGGACGGUGCGCGUCUCGUCGGUGCGCCUCGCCCCCUGGGUGUACGGCCGCGGGGGCAGCGGCGUAGGGCUCUUCCUCAACGCAGCGGCCAAAGCAGGCUGUGCAACGACCGUCGACGGCGGGACGAACCGCACCACGACGGUGCACGUCGACGACGCGGCGCGGCUGUACCUGCUCGCCGCGGGGGCGGGAGAGCGGCCCGCGGCCGCGGCCGGCGAGGUGUUCAACGCGAGCGGCGAGACGGACGUGACGGUGGGGGACAUGUUCGGGGCCAUGGCGCGCGCGCUGGGCGUGCCGCUGCGGGACGUGUCGUUUGAGCAGGCGGCGGGCGAGAUGGGCCACAUGUUUGCGUCGUUUGUCAAGGCGGAGAACAGGGCGUCGGGGGACAAGGCGAGGAGGGUGCUGGGCUGGGAGCCCAGGGGGUUGGGCGUCCUGGAUGAGAUUGCCAAGGGGUCGUAUGCCGCUGUCGCGGAGGGUUUGCGCAAGCAGGCUGCGUGA